CUUCCAGUGAAUCGUCUUGUUCCCCGGACUCUUCUAAAUUUUAUUUGGAUUUUAAACUGAAUUUAUAAGUAAUGCAGCUAAUCCUGUGGAUAGUUCCACUUUUAGCGAUUGGAGGCUGCUCUGCUGGCCCCCAAAAUGUGCUGCUUCUCCUGGCUGAUGAUGCCGGCUUCGAAUCGGGCGCGUAUCUGAACAAAUUCUGCCAGACUCCCAAUCUGGAUGCGUUGGCCAAACGCGGCUUGCUGUUCAACAAUGCCUUCACUUCGGUGAGCAGCUGCAGUCCCAGUCGCUCGCAAUUGCUCACCGGAGAGGCCAGUCACUCGAGUGGAAUGUACGGCCUUCACCAGGGAGUCCACAACUUCAACGUUUUGCCGGAGACGGGUUCACUGCCCAAUUUGUUGCGUGAUCAAAGUGGCGGUCGAAUCUUGAGCGGCAUCAUUGGCAAGAAACACGUUGGAGCUGCAUCCAAUUUCCGUUUCGAUUUCGAGCAGACGGAGGAGCAGCAUUCGAUUAACCAGAUCGGCAGGAACAUCACUCGGAUGAAGGAGUACGCCAGGCAGUUCCUGAAACAAGCCAAGGACGAGCAGAAGCCCUUCUUCCUGCUGGUCGGUUUCCAUGAUCCCCAUCGUUGUGGUCACAUCACCCCGCAGUUUGGGGAAUUCUGCGAACGUUGGGGCAGCGGCGAGGGGGGAAUGGGCAGCAUUCCCGACUGGAAGCCCAUCUACUACGACUGGCGGAACUUGGAGGUGCCCGCUUGGCUGCCGGAUACGGAUGUGGUGCGUCAGGAACUGGCUGCUCAGUACAUGACCAUCUCCAGGUUGGAUCAGGGAGUGGGUGUGAUGCUUAGGGAACUGGAGGCAGCAGGUCUUUCAGACGACACCCUCGUUAUCUACACCUCCGAUAAUGGACCUCCUUUCCCCGGAGGCAGAACCAAUCUCUACGAACAUGGAAUUCGCUCACCUCUUAUAAUUAGUUCGCCAAAAAAGGAGGAUCGCCGUCAUGAGACCUCAGCAGCAAUGGUUAGUCUUCUGGAUAUUUACCCAACAGUAUUGGACGCUCUCCAGAUUCCCAAACCUAAUGACACCAAGAUCGCUGGAAAGUCAAUUCUUCCCGUGCUUAAGGAAGAACCUUCUAUUAAAGAGAGCGAUUCUGUGUUCGGCAGCCACAAUUAUCACGAAGUAACCAUGGCCUAUCCCAUGAGGAUGGUGCGGAACAGGCGCUAUAAGCUCAUCCACAACAUCAACUACUGGGCCGACUUUCCCAUCGACCAGGACUUCUACACCUCACCCACCUUCCAGCAAAUACUGAACGCCACAAUUCACAAGCAGCCCCUUCCAUGGUACCGAUCCCUAUUGCAAUACUACCAAAGACCUGAAUGGGAGUUGUACGAUAUCAAGGCGGAUCCCUUGGAAAGAUCUAAUCUGGCAGAGAAGGACAAGUUCAGUGGCACCCUCAAGCAGCUUAAACAGCAACUGUUCGACUGGCAGGUGGCCACCAAGGAUCCCUGGCGAUGUGCUCCGCAUGCAGUGCUCCAGGAGCAGGGCGUCUUCAAGGAUCAGCCUGUCUGUCUGACUUUGGGUCACGAGGCUCUGAACAGGCCCAGGCGCAAGAUCCUCAGCCAGUACGAGGAGUAUGUGGUCCUUUCCUAGACCUGACUAAGUAUUUGCGAGAUAGUGUUUGUUGUCUUAUCGCACCCACAACAAUAAAUACUCUUAAGUGCUGAUAACAAAAUAAUUCCGAUGUUUUCCACUUCACAAGCGAUUACGAUUCUAUACAACCACAUUUGAUUAAGCAUGCAGCAAAUUAAAAGGCUUUAUAAUAUCAGUUUUAAGUUUUAAGUAACAUUAAUCAAACAAUUUUUAAUACAAAAUAAACAGUAAUUACAAAAAUAAAGUGAAAUAAGUGGUAGUCGUUAAAAAUAUUAUUCUGACAUUAAUAUCCACAUUUUAAUAAAAAUGUAGGUAUACCUGCUCAUAAUACCUCAUCAUAAUUAUUAAAAUCACUUUCUUGUUAUCCAAACAAAUAACCAAAAUUUGUUUAUUUUGUUUAAAAUAUAUGAGCUUAUUAAUUAUUAUACUAUGUUUUUUCAAUGCCUCAUAAAAUAGUGGAAACUAUUUUCUUUAAAUACUUUGUAUCGAAAUUUAAACGGAAACUCCACAGGUUUCAGCUUUAAUUACAGAGAAACAAAUCAAUGUUUACAAAAGCAUAGGAACAACAAAUUUCAAAGCAAAUAUUAUAUAAACAACCAUUUUAUUUUGCGAUUCUAGCAUAGAUUCCUUAAAUCAAUUUCCUAGUUUACAAUAAAAACUAAGUCGUUAACAAAAGCAAACAGAUUCUGUGCUGUUUUGCUUUCACCUUCAGAAAUGGCAGAGAAUGAAAACGAAUUCCCCGAGCAGCAGCCUGAAAGGUUGCAUCAGCCCAGACUGACAAACACUCGUGUCCUGGCAGCAUGACCUCAGCCACUUUGGGGUGGCAGGAUGGGGUCCUUGGGGCGGAUGCUGCGUCACGUUUCAAUGUCAUGCCCACUGGGUGGCCGAUGCUGAGGGGAAGGAAGCGGUUGUUGCUGUUGCCUUGUGGGUGGGGCUAGCGCCCACUUUUCCGCUUCUGUGUCUGUGUGGAAAAUCGAAAAUUUCAAUGCUUCUCUGGUUUAUUGGUGGCGCCGCCUGCGAAUCCCCAAGCCCAUCGUCCUCAUCCCCAAUCAUCCCAGCACAAUGGCAUCCGAUUCCGAGUGAGUGUUACACAACAGGCAGCACGUUUUAAGGUCAGCUGAUGAAAUGUGAAAGAGUAAACGCACGUUGGAUUUUCUCAUUUAUGACUUUGAACGAAAGACACAUUAAAAAUUAAAUUUUAUUAUUUUGGUUUGCAUAAAUUA